UCUCGCAUUUUUGCUCAUUUUUUUGGAUUUUAUGUUUCAUUUUCAUUAUAAAUUUCCAGGAUAAUGAAGCUUUAGAGAUCCGUUAUCUCUGAAAUUAGGGUUUCUUUGUGAAAGUUCAAAUAUUUCAAACCUUCAAGGAUCCAUUUCCUCUGAAACUACGGUUUCUUUGUGAAAGUUCAAUGAUUUUGAAGCUUCAAAGAUUCAGUUCCUCUGAAAUCAGGGCUUCUUAUAUCUUGCCCUAUCUGAAAUCCAUUUCCCAAAGGGCCCUAACAUCCUAUCAGAAACCAUAUUUUUCUUGUAAUUAUAGCAAGGCAAAUGCUGCAUUUGCGGAAUCCCUAGUUUCAGAGCCAUCAGAAGUACAUGAUGAAACCCGAAGUAUGAGUAGGAAAGAUAUUGAAAUCCUAGUUCUGAAACAGUAUAGUAAUGGAAAAUUUCAUAACCUUGUAGAGAAUGUAGUUUCUUGCCGUAGGGUUUUGCUCGCUGCAUGUGAGAAUUUGGAUUCAAGGGUUAAUGGAGAAAAUCGAAGGGAUUGUUUAUUUAGUUCAGUAGGGGUUUGGGUAAGGGAUAUUUCUGAACAAAUUAAGGCACACAGGUUUGAUGUCGAUGCUUACUGUGUUGAAAUUUUGCCUCUUAGAAAGAAGGGAGAGAAAUUGAUUCUUCCCAGUUUGAAAUUAAAGGUGGUAAUUGAGGCUUUAAGGAUGGUUUUGGAGGUGAUUUAUGAGAAUAGGUUUUCUACUUUUGCUUAUGGUGGUCGUGUUGGUAUGGGUCGACAUACUUGCCUUAGAUACCUGAAAAACAAUGUAAAAGACCCUAAUUGGUGGUUUUCUGUUGCAUUUAAGAGAGACAAAAUAAAUGUCAAUAAAUUGGUUUCUAUCAUGGAAGAAAAGAUGGAAGAUGAUUCAUUUAUGGAAAUUUUGAAGGGAUUGUUUGCACUUGGGGUUAUUUCUAUUGAGUUUGGGGGUUGUUACAUGGGUAGAGGAUUCCCUCAAGAAAGUGGCAUUAGUUCAAUUCUUGUUAAUGUGUAUUUUAAUGGUUUUGAUAAUGAAAUUCAGGAAAUUCGAACAAGAAUAGCUCAUAUGAACCCAGAGAUUGAAACCAAAGGAAUCCCUAAUGUUUUUUAUAAGCCUGUUAAAGUCUUUGCGCUAAGGUAUUUGGAUGAGAUAUUGGUUAUUAGUUCAGAGACUAAGAUUUUCACCAUGGAUUUGAAGAAGCAAGUUGUGGAAUUUUUAGAAGGUGUUUUGGAGAUGAAAGUGGAUAAAGCAAAGACUGCAAUUCACAGUGCAGUCUCAGAGAAACUUGGAUUCAUUGGAAUGGAAAUUCAGGCAGUUCCACCAUCUGUUUUGAGACCUCCCAUGUCUGAGAAAGCAAUUAGGGCUCGAAAGAAAUACAUAAAGCAGCGCCAAGCUCGUGCUUUAGAAGCGAGAAAUGCAUAUGAGACUAGACUCAAGAAAUUGGGUCUGAAAAUUUUCAGUCAUGUGUUUAUGAAGUUCAAGAAGAUGGGUGGUUUCAACUGUGAGGCGCAUAUAGCACCUCAGAUAAGAGAGAUUUUUGAAAUUUGGUCUCAUGAUGUGAUAGAAGAAUUUUUUAAAUCCUCUUAUGAGCGUUGGACCUGGUACCGUAGACUUGCUGGUGGUGAAUUUCUCUCUCUUCAAUCAGUGAGAGAUCAGUUGCCACAGGAGCUUGUGGAAUCUUAUGACCAAUUUCACGAGCAAGUCGAUAAAUAUCUGAACCCGUACAAAAUUAACAAUAAUAUAGAGGAAGAGAGAGAAUGUGAAGAGGAAGAGGCUAGAUACUCAGAAAGAACAGUAAGAGAUUUAACAGAAUUGUACGUGAAGGUAGAUGCUCCUACUGAGUUGAUAAGAAAAGCUGUGAAAUUGGCUGGGUUUACGAAUUCUAUGGGGCGCCCAAAACCGAUAAAGUUACUUAUUCCUCUUGAUGAUGCCGAUAUUAUAAAGUGGUAUGCUGGUAUAGGAAGGAGAUGGCUUCAAUUCUAUUGUUGUUCCCAUAACUUUAAAACUGUAAAAACCAUCGUUAACUACCAUUUGAGGUUCUCAUGUAUUCUUACAUUGGCAGAAAAACAUGAAUCCACGAAACGUGAAGCAAUUAACCAUUACAGUAAGGAUCUAAAGGUUUUGAAUAUGGAUGGCAUUGAAGAACUGAUUUUCCCCCUCGAAAAUGAUAUAAAAAUGAUGGGGGAUAAAAAUCUGUCUGACCCAAAACCAGUAGAUGGGCUUUUAUCCAUGGCUUUGGUUAGGCUGGCUUCUGAUGAGCCUUCUGGUUGUUGUGCUGCUCAUUUCUGUGAUAGAUUGGACACCAUUGCUUAUCGAGUUCGCCUUUUGCAAAGUCGCUUAAAUGUUAACCCCCUUGACGAAGAGAAGUGGGUUCCUGGAAUGGGGUUCAUUCAUGAAAGUUUGGACCGAAAGUACCUCUCCCUUUGUUCGAAACAUAUAAGCGACUUAUACUUGGGUUCAAUCACCUUACAAGAUAUCGAUUGCACAUCAUGUUUUAUUCCGCAAUGAAAUGUGACAUGUUCCUAGCCUUCUCUUUGCUCAGUAAUACUUGGGAACAAUUGAUAUGAAGAUUUUGCUACCAUCUCUGACUCUUGGUUGCUGAGGCAACCAUUGGUGAAAUGGUGGGCUCAGCAGUGGAUGACAAGGAACCAUUUGCUGGAGGUAACUUGCAAAUACUCGUGUUCCCAUAUUCCCCAUUUUCAAGAUACCCGUUAAUGGUGAAAUCCUGAGUGCAAGAUCUUUACUUUUGGAUCUUAGAAAGGACCAUACAAUUGACAUCAGGUGGGGUGAUUUGGUUAAAGUAAAACGCUCUAAAAGGACAAGGUGUAGGCCCAAAAAGGACAUGGAUGAAAGUAGUGAGAAGAAAUAUAGUGACUUAUGGUUUGAUUGAGGGUGUGGCCCUGGAUAGAGUGGAAUGGUGGAACAUGAUUUGUAGUUGACGCCAAAUGUUUGGGAUAUGGAUCGGAUGAUGACGAUGACAUUGAUGAUGAUGAUGAUGAUAUGCUGAUGAUAUCGUUUCAUUAUCUUCUUUGUAGUUCUAACUCUCCAUAGAAUUUUUGUUCUUUGAUUCACAAAUAUCCCACCUAAGAACAAGAACAACUAUCAGUGAGUUUAGGUUGGAAUAUUUUCCUGUAUGGUUGAACUUUAUUAACCUUGUCUCUAUUUUCAUUUUCUAAAACUUAACAUAAAAUAAAAAAUGAAGUACAAUUUGUUGUUAGUUACAUCAUGAAUUAUCACUCUCACGAUGCAAUAUCUUUUUCCUCUUUUUCAUGGAGAGAACAACUAAGUACAGGGGAGAAGAGGGGAUGAAUUAUACUCAUCCUUGGCAUCAUGCUUGAUGAUUGCAACUCUUUCAUUGGUUACAUGGUAGCAAUGGACUAGUGGAGCAUGAAUUCUUUUCUGAUUGUGAUGCUCCUAGUAUUUACUAGUUAUUAUUAUUAGUCAUCCUGAAUAGUUCUAGUGAAAAAAUUUGGCCAUUCCUUUAAUUAGUGUUAGUUUGGCUUCGUUAGAACCAAUGUUUUAAAAUCCGGCAAUUUCGAUCCGAAAGGGAAUCGGUUGGGACCGAACCAGUUCUAGGAUGGUAUGGGUCCAAGGCCUUGUUCCCCCUAAAACCACCUUGAUAUAUUUUUUUAUUUUUCAUUUUUAAGCUUAUCUAAUGUUUUCUUAGGUCCCCUCUAAAUCUCCACCCCAUAAAUUGUUAUUUUAAUUUUUAUUCUAUUUUAAUUUAUUUUUUGAUAUUUUUUGGAUCACCGAUUUGAACUGAUCUAGACUCGUUCUGGAUCGCCGAUUCAGCGAUCUGACAUGGAUCUGUGGGUGAAUGAUUCACCGCACAGAUAUUGGUUUUGAACCACUGGUUAGAACUUACAGUUUUAGGGCAAUGAAGUACUCUUGAUUUAUGAGACAGAAAUUUAAAACAUGCAAUAGAGUCAAACUUAAUGAUGAUGUAUAGAGGAACAAUCCAAGUUUCUACAAAAAUGAUGUUAAUGCCCCUUUUCUUCUCAUAAUGGUUUCAUGUCUCCUUUGUGUAUUGAUUUCUUCUAUUAAGGUCAAAGAGGCAAAUGUUUUGAAAAGGUUUUUUUGUAGAUUGUUAUGCUUAGCCACAUCAGAUUUCCCAAGACAAUUUAGUUUUUUAAGCUGAUUCAAUUGCUUUUCGUUACAAGAAGGGAAAAUAUAGCUUUUUAAGUGGUCAAUUUUCGUGAUAUAAGUAAAGGACACCGCACUAUGCUUUUAUUUAGGACAAUACCUCCCAUUAGGGUGCUUAUCAGCAGAGAUCUGAGUCUGGCCUGUCUUCUAGACUAAGCAUGUUGGUUAAGAUCAAGUCCAGCUAGGUUGACCCAGCUUCGAUAUAAUAACAUAGUAA